GGCAGUAGGGCCCCGGGGAAGGAGCUUCCUCGGGCGGCCAGGCUGCGUGACAGGGGCCGGGGCCCGGCAUCCCUGAGCGCUGGAGGCGCCCCUCUUUGGUCAGGGGCCUCGGCGAGAGCAGCCGGUGCGUCCCCAGCUCGGAAGAGAGAAAACGCUGCUCAGAGUUUAUUUAGAAAUCUGUUUGGAGGUUAUGGAUGAUAAACCCAAUCCUGGAACCCUAAGUGAGAAUUCAGAACGUCUCUUCUCCUUUGGAGUUAUAGCAGAUAUUCAGUAUGCUGAUUUAGAAGACGGCUAUAAUUUCCAAGGAAACAGGCGGAGGUACUACAGACACAGUCUUCUUCACUUACAGGGUGCCAUUGAAGACUGGAAUAAGGAAAGUAGCACACCCUGUUGUGUCCUUCAGCUUGGAGAUCUCAUCGAUGGAUACAAUGCACAGUAUAAGGCAUCAGAAAAGUCCCUGGAAGUUGUUAUGAAUGCAUUCAAAAUGCUUGAAGUCCCAGUUCAUCAUAUAUGGGGAAAUCAUGAAUUCUAUAACUUCAGUAGAGAUUAUUUAACAAACUCUAAACUUAACACAAAGUUUCUGGAAGACCAGAUUGCACAUCAUCCUGAGACCAUGCCUUCAGAGAAUUAUUAUGCUUAUCAUUUUGUACCAUUCCCUAAAUUCCGCUUCAUUUUACUUGAUGCUUAUGACUUGAGUGUCUUGGGCAUAGAUCAGUCUUCUCCAAAAUACCAGCAGUGUAUGAAGAUACUGAGGGAGCACAAUCCAAAUGUGGAAUUAAAUAGUCCUCAAGGACUUUCUGAGCCUCAUUUUGUCCAAUUUAAUGGAGGAUUCAGCCAAGAACAGCUGAACUGGUUGAAUGAAGUUCUUACCUUCUCUGACACACACCAAGAAAAGGUGGUGAUUGUGAGCCAUCUUCCCAUUUACCCAGACUCCUUUAACAGCGUGUGCCUGGCCUGGAACUACAGAGACGCCCUGGCAGUCAUGUGGUCUCACCAGUGCGUGGUGGGUUUCUUUGCUGGUCACACUCAUGAUGGUGGCUACUCUCGGGAUCCUUUUGGUGUGCACCAUGUCAACCUAGAAGGAGUUAUUGAAACAGCUCCAGACAGCCAAGCUUUUGGCACAGUUCAUGUCUAUCCUGACAAAAUGAUUUUGAAAGGGAGAGGCAGAGUUCCAGACAGAAUUAUGAAUUUCAAGAAGGAAGCAUCUUUCCACUUUUAGUCUGAUUUGAUUUGUUUACGUUGGUAGAAAGAGAAUGACUUAGCUUUGUGUUUGUCCCCCCAAACAAAGAGAAAAACAAAAAUAAAAGUCCUCAACCUCA